AUGUCGGCCAUCUCCAGGACAUUCGCUCCGUUCCUGCGGACGGCCCGCCUUUCUCUCUUCCGUCAGGCCCAGAAUCCUCUGGUUCAGCUGCAGCGCGAGUCCAGGACGCCCAUCCUCAACUUCGCUCGCACCUAUGCCGUCUACACUCGUGACAAGCCGCAUGUGAACAUUGGUACCAUUGGUCACGUCGACCAUGGCAAGACGACUCUCUCUGCUGCUAUCACCAAGAGACAGGCUGAGAAGGGCCUUGCUAACUUCCUCGACUAUGGCGCCAUUGACAAGGCUCCUGAGGAGCGCAAGCGUGGUAUCACUAUCUCGACUGCCCACAUCGAGUACUCGACCGAAAACAGGCACUACUCCCACGUCGACUGCCCUGGUCACGCCGAUUACAUCAAGAACAUGAUCACUGGUGCCGCUGCCAUGGACGGCGCUAUCAUUGUGGUCGCUGCCUCCGACGGUCAGAUGCCCCAGACUCGUGAGCACAUGCUCCUCGCCCGCCAGGUCGGUGUCCAGCGCCUGGUCGUCUUCGUCAACAAGGUUGAUGCCCUUGAGGACCCCGAAAUGCUUGAGCUCGUCGAGAUGGAGAUGCGCGAGCUUCUCAACCAGUACGGCUUUGAUGGCGAAAACACCCCCGUCAUCAUGGGUUCUGCCCUGUGCGCCCUCGAGGGCAAGCGCCCUGAAAUCGGCGCUGAGAAGAUCGACGAGCUGCUCAAGGCUGUCGACGAGUGGAUCCCCACUCCCCAGCGCAGCGUUGACAAGCCCUUCUUGAUGUCCAUCGAGGACGUCUUCUCCAUCGGUGGCCGUGGUACCGUCGUCUCGGGCCGUGUCGAGCGCGGUAUUCUGAAGAAGGACUCUGAUGUCGAGAUCGUCGGCAAGCGCAACGAAGUCAUCAAGACCAAGGUCACUGAUAUCGAGACCUUUAAGAAGUCGUGUGAAGAGGCUAUUGCCGGCGACAACUCUGGUCUCCUGCUCCGUGGUGUCCGUCGUGAGGACGUCAAGCGUGGCAUGGUCGUUGCUGCUCCUGGCUCCGUCAGCGCCCACAAGAAGUUCCUGCUCUCCAUGUAUGUCCUGACCAAGGAGGAGGGUGGUCGUCACACCGGCUUCCAGCAGAACUACCGCCCUCAGGUCUUCAUUCGCUCUGCCGACGAGGCUUGCACCCUCACCUGGCCCGAGGGCACUGAGGACCCCCACAGCAAGAUGGUCAUGCCUGGCGACAACGUCGAGAUGGUUGCUGAGAUCCAUCACCCUAUUGCCAUGGAGCCCGGUCUCCGCGUCACCAUCCGUGAGGGUGGCCGCACUGUCGCCACUGGCUUGAUCACCCGUAUCCUGGAUUAA